CACCACCACUAUCAAUCAUGGUCAUCAGCAGCAUCAUGUCACCCACCAUGGCGGAUUCCAGUUUAACUUUUCAGAGGAUAUUUACUAAGGUUCAGUCCACUCUACCUCAGUGCAUCGAGAAUGUGGACGCGCUGCCUGUUACAACCAUCUUCUCCACCAAAAUCAGUGAGACCACAAAGCACUGCAUUGAGGCUGCUGUUCGGAGCUACGUGACACGGAGGGUGAUUGAUGGGGACAAGACAAAUUUGUCUACCAUCACUGCCAUCACCACAGUGUGCAUUGACCUUGUGAGACAUGAACUGAGUCUGCCAACACUGCCAGUGUUAGUGUUGAGUGAUGCAUUUGACACACUAACCAUACGCCAGGGGGAGGAACUCUUUUCCUUUGUUGAAAGUCACGUCAGUGUGUGGAAAGAAGACACCUUCUUCGCACCCUGCAAGACAAGUGUUCUGCGAAUGUGCAAUGACUUGUUGCGUCGUCUGUCUCGGUCUCAGAAUACUGUAUUCUGUGGUCGCAUUUUGUUGUUCCUCGCCCGGUUUUUCCCAUUCUCAGAGCGUUCAGGACUUAAUCUAGUCUCGGAAUUCAACCUCGAGAAUGUGACAACUUUUACCAAUGUGGAGGCAUCAGAGAUGGAAGAGGAAGAUGAAGAGGACAAAGGGGGCACUGCACCACGCUUGGACUACACUCUAUACACUAAAUUUUGGUCACUCCAGGAUUUCUUCAGGAACCCUGGACAAUGCUUUCAGAAAGCCCCCUGGAAAGUCUUCACCUUGUACUGUGGAGAUGUGCUGGAGGCCUUCAGGAGCUUCAAAUUGGAUCACUUGCACAGCAGCAGUGGUGCAGGUGCCAGACUGUCACGUUCCCUGUCAGAACCUGCCCCAGAUCAGGAGGGCAGUAAUUCCCUCAUCUCACAGCACCAGGUGGACGAAUACUUUGCCAAAUAUCUCACCAACCAGAAGCUACUGGACCUUCAGUUCUCAGACACCAAUUUCCGGCGAUAUGUGCUGCUGCAGGUGCUAAUCCUCACCCAGUACCUCACCUCCAACAUCAAGUUCAAGCAGGAAACCCUGACAGAGGACCAGCUGGCCUGGGUGAGAAAAACAGAAAAGCUUGUUUACUCUCUGCUUGAGGAAACUCCACCAGAUGGACCCAAAUUUGUCUCCACUGUCAGACACAUUCUCAAGAGGGAGGAGAUGUGGAGUAACUGGAAGAAUGACGGCUGUCCAGAGUUCAAGAAGCCUGAAGGGCAGGACCGUGCAAAGGGUAGUGGCAGCACCAGUGGGAAGCAGAAUGGCAAGAGUGAGGAGGUGGGAAAAGAGGAAGAAGCACCACGCUCUCCCCGUAAAGUGCGGCAGAAGCGGAGGAUAGGUGAUUUAAUCAAGGAUGCAGAUUCCAAGGGAAAAUUCACCAUGGGCAACGCUGAGAUGAGUCGGUUGUGGAAUCUUCAUCCCAAUAACCUUGAGGCAUGCAAGAUACCUGAGCGUGACUUUGUCCCUGCCCUUGAGUCAUACUUCACUCCAGCCAUUGAACAGCUCAGUCCAAGAUCCGAGUUGAAAGAGGAACAGAAGUUAGUUAAUGACAGCAAUUUUGGCUGGCGGGCUUUGCGUCUUCUGGCUUGCCGCUCACCACACUUCUUCACCAACUCAGCCAGUCCCAUUGCAAAGCUGCCAGAAUAUCUCAACACCAUGAUCAAGAAGCUAGCCAAGGAGUUACCGUCUCAGCUGGUGGCAGAUAUCAAGGUGGAAGAGGAGGAAGAGAAGGAAGAGGAAAAGGUCAUUCCAGUGCUGGAGCAGGGUGAUGGGGUCAAAGUGGAAGAGGACAUGGAAGAAGAGACAGGAGAGGUGGAGGAGCGGCCAGAAGUGCGGGCCAUCACUGAGGAGGAGCAGGAAGCCCUUGCCCAGCGUCUUGAUGCUCUUGGUCAAGAUAAGUGGAAAGUACUGGCCAAGAAGCUUGGAUUUGAGGCUGAUGAGAUUGAAUAUAUUGAAAAAACCAUGUCAGAUGGUGUAGCACAGCAGGCAGCCUAUAUGCUCAAGCUGUGGGUGGAAGGUGAGGGAGACGAGGCCAACAAAGAGUCACUAUUGUACACACUUGAAGGACUCAAGAUGCAAGAUGCAGCUCAGGGAGUUUUUACCUAAGAAAUUGAAAAAUAUUUUUAGUUCUUAAAAGAAGUUUUCUUUUAUUUAUUCUUUUGCAUAUUUAUGCAUUUUAUUGAGUGCAUAGUCACUAAAAGUUUGUAAAUGCUUUCAAGGAUAUUUAUUUACCAAUAGGAAGUAUGAAGUACAAAAUGUAAAGCAAAACUUAAGGACCAAAAUCUUCAUACAUACCCAAUGUUAAUCAGUAGUAUCAGCAGCAGCAGUCUGCAAGAAAUAAAGGCACAUCAAACUUUUCUAAUGUAAUAAUUAAUAUAGACAAGCAAAUUUUUUUGUAAAUGACUGUUUGCAGAGAAUAAACAUAAUUUUCUUA